CUGAACACUCGCAUCGUCGCAAGUCGCAGUUUUUUGCCAUGGCUUUGUAGUAAGGCUAGGUGGAUACAAACCCGUGAACUACGCUACAAUGAGACAGCUAUCUCUGUCUUUGUUAGCUCGGCUGGGGCGUGGCAGCAGGGGAUCGCUCCAGCCUGCGUCCAGUGCUAUUAAUAGUGGCGUCGAUCCCGGGGUGCUGUCGGGAGAGGAGUGCAGCACCAGUGCGCCAGCGGGAAUGCCCAGCUGGCUGCGCCAUUCGCGGCGAUAUGCGCAUCAGUAUAACUUGAUUCAGCCGGUGGACACAAACCACAUCAACGCGCUGCUGUCGUCGGCCACCGCGCUGGAGCAUGCCGCCGUGCCGGUGCUGCGCUAUUCCGCCUGGUUUGACCCGGAGCAAGUCACCCGCACCAUGCAACGGGUGCCGCGGAUGCUGCAGUACCAGCGGCGCAAAGGGCGGAGGGGCGCCGCCUACGCCUCCAGCCCCUCCUCCUCCGCCGACCUGGCCCGCUCGCUGCUUGACGCGCUGGGCUCCCGCCUCGCCGCCCUGGCUCCCGCCUGCUCCGACCAGCAGCUGGCGAGGGCGCUGUGGGCGCUGGGCGCGGCCCGCCACCCGCACCCGCAGGCGCUGGCGGCGGCGUGUGAGGUGCUGCCGCAGCGGCUCAAGGGCGCGAGUGGGGCGGCGGCGGCGGCGGGGGCUGGGAGUGGGGCGGGGGGAAUGGCUAUGACGGAUCUGGCGACGGCGGCUUGGGGCCUGGCGGCGGCGGCGAGCGCCGGGCCGCAGAGCGUGCGAGAGCCGGUCCGGCGGGCGCUGCAGGAGGUGGCGCGGCAUCUGGUGGCCAGCCGCCCCGCCGACCUGUCCGCCACCCCCGCCCUGCCGCAGCCGUCCUCCCCCUCCUCCAUCUCCUCCCCCUCCUCGGGUGCCGUGGCGCCGGCGGCGGACGAGGUGGCUGCCGCCGCCUCUGCCGCGGCGCUGGCGGCGGACCGGCCCUGGCUGGACCCGCGAUCUGCCGUGAAGCUGGCGUGGGCGUUCGCGAGCUGCGAGGUGAAGGACGCCGCCGCACUGGAUGUGGUGGCGGAGGCGGCGGAGGCGCGCAUCGCGUCGCAGCUGCAGGCGCACGACCCCACCACUGGCCCGCUCACGCCGCGAGCCACCUACAUGUACCAGACCAUCCGCGGCUGGCAGGCCUGGCCCCGCCCGCGCCCGCGCGUGAUCCGCUCCGCCGCCAGCGCCGCCCGCGGCGGCCGCAGCCGCUACCUGUACGACGACCGGCCGCGAGUGGUGCUGCGCGACUUCACGGCGGGCUCACUGGCGCAACUGCUGGCGGCGCUGGCGGCGGCGGGGCACCGGCACGAGGGCCUCAUGCAGGCCGCCGCCGCGCACCUGACCGCUUCCUCCGGCCGCUCCCUGCGCGUGGACCCACACGACCUCAAGCGCCUGGCCGCCGCCUUCGCCCGCCUCGACCUAGCGGCGCCCGCCGCCGCCAGCGGCGGCGCCGCCACCGCCGCCGCCUUGACGGCGCUGCUGUCGGCGGCGCAGCUGUCCAGCUUGCCGGCGCCGCUGCUGGCGCGCCUGGCCAUCCUGGCAGCGGAGUCCGGCGUGCGCCGCCGCAGCGUGUACGACAGACUGGUACGGCAGCUGAUGGCCCGUGCAUGGGUGCCCGGACCCGACGGCCAGCCGGCGGCGGCACCGGCGGCGGCGCCUGGCGGCGCCGUGGACGGCGGCUCCGCCACCGCCGGCGCCUCACUGGCGGUCGUGGAUGAGACGGCGGCGGCGGCGGCCGCCGCCGCCGCUGCCGUCACUGACCCAGAUGACCUAGGCGGUCCCGUGGUUCUGGAUCCACGGGCACGUGAGUCGCACUACGCACGUGCACGCGGCUCCAGCUACGACUCGGCAGCGCUGACGCGGCGCGUGGAGGCGGAGGAGGCGGGCUGGGCGGGCGCGCUGGCGGCGCCGCGGGACGCGUGCUCGCCGGCGCUGCUGGCGCGGGUGCUGCGGUCGCUUGCCAAGGUCGGCUACACCGCAUCAGACCCCGUGUCGCUGCCCUUCGCCGCGCGCCUCUUUGACCUCAUCAACCCCCACGUGGCAACCCUGGCGGCCGCGCCGCCACCCGUGGCCUCUGGCAGUGGCGCCGCCGCCGCGCCGCGCGACAGCCUGACCGACCUGGCGGCGGCGGCUCUGUCGUACCGCGACCAGCUAGACAAGACGUCAGCGGCGGUGGCGGCGCGCGGCACGCGCGACACCAUCCGCGAAAUCACCAACGUCAUUCUGUACGGCAGCCCGGAGCGCGCCAAGGCGGCGGACGGUGACCUGGUGCGGCGGCUGUUCGAGCUGACGCAGCGGAGCCUCGGCGGCGGCGCCGCCGCCGGAGGUGGCGGCGACGCAGGCCUGGCGGCGGCGCAGCACGACGCUGUGGCGGCGGCGGAGCUGCGGCGGCGCAUGGGGCUGUCGGAGCGCGGUGCCAUGCGGCUGGCGCUGACGCUGUCGCGUUGGCCGGAGGCGGUGGAGGAGCGCGAGCUCAAGGCGGUGCUGUCGCUGGUGGACGUGCCGCCGCCGGUGGCGGAGGCGGAAUCGGCGGGACCGGCGGCGGCGGCGGCGGCGGAGCGCGAGCGGCGGCGGCUGGGUGAGCUGCUGGGCAACCUGUCCAAUGCGGGCCGGCGGGGCGCGGUGCCGCCGCGGCUACUGGCGGCGCUUGGCGACACCGGCCCGGUUGUGGGUCUGUAGGCGGGGCGCAUCCGCUGAGUUGCUUGGGGGACCAGGGCCGACGGCACUCGCGCCGUAACGAAAUGAAGCGUUACUGUAUUGUGUUACCGCGAUAGGACCCGGUCCCGGGGACAAUAUUGGGGAAGGCUGGCGCGCAACUGUUUUGGUAAGGCACUGCCGCGGGUUAGCGUGCGACCUGCACUGCUGCGGGUUAGCGGCAGGCGGAGCGCGAGGGUAGCUAGGUGGUCAGGUGCGCGAGACCGUGGGGUUGAAGCAGGCAUUCGCAGCUCCCCGGUGCAGCCUUCAUUAGUAGCGAUGAAAGCUGCAGUUUCGUGGCAGUGUGGCAGUGGCGCUGGCGGUGCUGGUGUUGCGCGGCAGUUGGCAGCGACGGCAGGAUGGCAGUCGUUACCGCUCGAGGGCGCGGUGGACUGCAGUGCAUUGCGCGCAGCGGGCUGUUUAUUUCUGGCCUUCUGGGCUUCUGGCUCGGCUUGUAACACGGCAUGCGG